AUGGGUCGCUUCGCUCCCAGCAUACCGGUCCCACUGGGACUUAUGCACUCUAUACGAGGCAGCUCAACUCUGCCCGCAACUCAGAGCGACCAAGUGGCCGCGACUCGUUCCACGAUAGCACAACUCCUGCGCCAAAUAGACUCCAAACACACCGCCCAACAGUACCUCUCUUACUUCAGCACACCCACCUUCUCGUCCCGCCCGUUCGCCGUCAUCAAAGUCGGCGGUGCUGUCCUAGCUGACCACCUCCCAUCUCUUGCAUCUGCGAUCGCCUUCCUAAGCCAAAUUGGCCUCUACCCGAUUCUCGUUCAUGGCGCGGGGCCCCAGCUUAACACGCUGCUCUCUGCCACGGGGAUCGAGUCAGAGUUCCAUGAUGGCAUCCGCGUCACCGAUGGACGUACCCUGGCACUGGCUCGUACAGCUCUACUCGAGGAGAACUUUAAGCUUGUUCAGGAGCUUGAGAGUAUCGGUGUCUCUGCCCGGCCGUUAACCUCGGGUGUUUUUCAAGCUGAGUACGUUGACGCAAGCAAGUACGGUCACGUGGGCCGAGUCAACAAGGUUGAAGACUCGUCUAUCCGGGCGGCUUUGCGCGCAUCGUGCGUGCCGGUGCUGACCUGCAUGGGAGAGACUUCCGAUGGCCAGGUUCUCAAUGUUCAUGCGGAUCUGGCCGCAUCUGCGCUGGCACGGGUGCUGCGCCCGGAGAAGGUCGUGUAUCUUUCCGAGACGGGCGGUUUGGUGAACGGAAGAACCGGAAGGAAAAUGGACGUGAUCAGCCUGGAGUGGUUGCGGAAGCAGGAGUGGACGCGUUUAGGGAUGCGGUGGAGAGUGAGGAUGACGGCCGUGCACGAUUUGUUGGAGGGAAAGGAUGGGGAAGAGGUAAGGGUGUCAGUAGUACAUCCUCGAGGGCUGUUGAAGGAGGUCUUUGCGGGCGAAGGCCAUGGAGAAGGGACGGCGGGACUGCAGCAGCAGGUUGCUAUGGUCUGACCAGGAGACUUGCCCGUGCGGUGAUUUUAUUCUCGCCCUGGCGGUGUCUAGGGGACUUUUCUUAUCACAAUCUACUUACAGUACAUACAUUUAAUUGAUUCCAAGGGAUGCUCACUUUGGCGCCCUGCGAACCC